UUCGACGAAGUGCUACGUGAAUCGUGCCUACUUUUCAACGUUCAAUAAAUAAAGAUUAGAAAUGUUUGAAUUAUUUCCUAUAGCUGAUCCUUUGCCAUGGCCAUUCACUGGCAUAUUUUGGCCCAUUGCCACAACUAUAACCGCGUAUUUAAUUUUUGUGCUGAAACUCGGACCAAUGCUUAUGGCAAAUCGGGAACCCUUUAAGCUGCGCGGGGUCCUAAAACUAUACAAUAUAUUCCAAGUUAUCUUCAACAUUCUCCUGCUGUCGUGGGGCAUUCACUUUUUAUUCUGGAAAAGACCCUAUCCUGAUUUGAGCUGCAUUAUGAUAUUGCCAUUCGAUCAUGAAAUGAAGAACACUGAGCGCGUGAUUUCUUACCUGUACUAUCUCAACAAAAUAAUUGAUUUGCUGGACACGAUCUUCUUUGUUCUUCGCAAGAGCUAUAAACAGAUUACCAAACUACACCUUAUCCAUCAUGUCUAUAUGUCAAGUGCCUCUUACUUUUUUCACUAGAUUAUAUGGAUACGGAGGACACCACUUCAUAUUGGCAGGUCUCAAUACCUUUACACACAUCGCGAUGUACGCCUACUAUUAUCUUUCAUCUCAAAAUCCGAAUAUAAAACAAAGUAUAUGGUGGAAGCAGUACAUCACCAUUCUGCAAAUGGUUCAGUUCGUCUU